CUAUCUUCUGACCGGGCGGCGCAUGCGCUAGGCGGAUUAGCGGUCUAAUACAAGCGUUGUGGGGGCGUCGCUUACGCAGCUUCGUUUGUGGAGGGUCUUUUUUAUUUUUCGAAGGAGGGGGGUCCCUUUCCUUACAUUACGUUCGUGGUGAGGACCGCAAAUGCGUGAGAGGUUCGCCUUAUUUCUCAGGUUAACAUCGCUUUCAUAAUAAGCCUGAGCAGUCGCUCCUUGUGUGGAAACCAGGCUGUGCAGUGAAACCACCUGCUGUCCAGCCCAACUCUGUCAGGAGGUACUCUUCAGAUGCUCCUGGGUCUGAUACUGUCCAAAACCUUCAGCAGCUAACUCAAACCAGAGGUGUAGAGUUCUGAAUUUUGUAAGGAACAUAACCAGCCUUGCAAAUAAGUCUGCCCAUUUAUAUGUGGACUUGAAAAUACUUCUCAGAAUCCGUAUAAUGUUCUUAUUUUAGGCCUUUAAGGAGCUGUUCUGGGGUUGCAAAAGUACAAAUCAAAGAAAAACACAAUUGGCCGUGUUUCUACCUUGAAGUAAUUUCAGAGAGGUAGUCAUCCACACCGCAGAAAGAGGAACACAUAGAAAAGCCAGCCUGCUGAAACACCUGAAAAAGUGCUUAUUGGCUCAGACUUACACUGUUUUAAAACAAGUUUGUUUAUUUCAUGGCUUUGUAUCUAAAGGUUGACAUCCCUUUCCUUUAUGACUGAACUUGAAUAUCAGGCUUCUAUGAUUACUCUCCCCUUUCUUCCAAACAAGAGCCUGUUUACAUUUUAUCAAAAAGAGCUUUUGGUAGUAGGGCUUUGCACGUCCACUGCACCCUCCAGGGCUUAAUGCAAGUCAGGCCUUCUUGUGCAUUGUCCCAGCAUCUGUUUCUAAUUCAAGGGUCUUUCUGAAUAAGUCUUGUAGUAGCAGGGCACCUAUGUAUCUGCAGAGCCUUCCUACGUAGAUAUAACUGUAGAUGACCUACCGGUAUGCACAUCUACAAAGAUGAAAUGUGUGGAUUUUUUUUAAAUUAAAAAAUCAUUAGGCCCCUUUCUUUGAUUCUAGCCAGUUUGUUAACUACAAACAGCUCUAUACAUUAAAUUAAUAGGGUUGUAGUCAACUAAUAUUUACUCAGAGUAGACCCAAUGAGAUUAAUGGCCAUAACUAACUUGGGUUCAUAAAUUUCACUAGUUCUACUCUGAGUAGAGGUUAGUUGACUACAACCCAUAGUUAUUUACUAACCUUUGCUGAUGACUUAAGUCUCAGUUCAAGCAGGAUUCUGGGAAGUUAGGUGGUGAGCUAUUAAAUUACAAAUAUUCCAAUUGACCUCUGUCAUUGCAGGUAAUGGAAUCCGAAAGACAAGCAGUUGCUUUGCUUCUGCAAGGGAAGGUGCUGGCUAUAUAAUCCACAUGUGUACAGAACACAAACUGGGCUUGGUAGUGAUCUUUAUAAUUCAUCUACUGUGGCUGGCACCUACUAGUCUGGGAGUGAGUCACUUGCUCAAUAGACUAGUGGUUAUUUAGAAGCCUGAAAAACUUUUUCUUCUGAUCGACGAAAGUUCUUGUUCAAACUGUGUGUAAUGGUGUUGCUGAGCAUGUGGUUGCCAGCACCUCAAGCACACUUGUUAGAAUACCAUUUUGCUCAGAAAUUCUUUCUGUUUUGCCACUGGUAUGGAUGGUAUUCUUUUCACUUGACAUUUGCUCUCUCUUCUACUUCUGUUGACAUCUGCUCUGCACUUGCAAUAUCUGGACCAUCCUUCUAGUUCUACACUUGCAUCAAUGCUUUUCAAUUGUUCCCCACCCCCUUGCUACUCGAUUUGACAAAAUGUAACUGGACGUUACAGUGAAAAUUCACGUUACUAUGAUAGUGACACAACUGGUAAUCAGUUAAUGAUAAGUAACCAUUUACAUCACAGUGUUUGAGAGCUGUGUGUUAAAAUAGCCCCUGUCCUAUCUCUUCGCAGGUGAUAAAAGUGUGCAUGUAAUACAGGUUUUCAGGCAAUAUAAAUAUCCAUCUAUAUGGUUUAGCAUCUUAACACUAUCAAAGUUAAUCAGAUCUUUAGUAAAACAUUUUCACUUAUAACUGAAACAUAAUAGGUAAUUCUAAGAAAAUGACCAUUUCAUUAAAACCUGCCUGAAGGUUUUGUCAUCUUUUCCUGCUAAUUGGAGAACUGACCAUGGAAAACAUUCACUAGUCUUCUGCCCAUCCCUAAACUAUUGCUCUGUAGGUAGAAUACUGAGUAUUAUAAGACUGCAGUUAGUGGGAUUUUUGGAAGUGCCUGAGUAACUUGAAGCACCAAUUUUCUGUGGAAGUUUAUAAAACUUUCACUCUUGGGUACUUUAGAGAAAUCUCAUGAGCUCUUCUCUUCUUGUAAGAUGACUUUGUAGAGGGACAAGUGGGCUUCUUAAUGUUCACUGUUGGCAUAGGAAGACCUAGAUAAGCACUGCAAGAAUAAAAAAGGGCUUGUUAAAAGAAGAGUCAUGUCAUAGGAAACUUACUACCACCUGUGGCUAUAGCUUACAGUCAAGUCUCAUCUGAAAGAUAACAGUUGAACAACUUGCUUGAUUGGAAUAGUGCCAUAGAAUUUCUCUUCUUUAAACAAAAUUGUAGUUUCCCAAUUCGAGUAUUAACGAGGUCUGGUCUUGGUUGGCUUGAAAUCUUAGUGCAGACUAAUGUGCCAUGUUCACAAUGUAAUGUUAAAAAUAUGCAGGUACAGUUCAUAUGUGGUACUAACAACAUAUAAACUAUUACUUGAAUGAGAGGUCUUGUGUGCUUCUACCAAACUUUAAACCUGUUUUCCUUCACAAAUCUUACAGUACUAAUUCAGUUCUACUGAGUGUAAAUUAUUUGGUCUCACUUAGUAACUCUUUCAUUAGACACAUGUCCAGAUAUCAGCCACUCCUAAGUUCCUGCUAUCACUUCCUCUAUAGGCUUAAUUUUCAACAAUUUGAGUUACAUUUCUUGGUUCCAUGACUGGUGUAUUGUCUUUUUCCUGGAAUCCAGAGCAGUAACAUAAGAUGUAUGCACCCUGCUAUUCAAUAGGGGGCUUGAAAACAGACGGUUCUGUACUACCAGUGCUUCAAAACAAUUUCUCAUCAAAACAAAAGUGCACAUUGAUUGGCAACAAUUGGUGCUUAUCUGAGGGGAAAGCUAGAUUUUCACCUGAGGGCUAUGUAUAAUAGGGUUCUGGGUUGCAUCUUCAAUCUGUUGACAUUACAUAAUAAAAGCCAUGUAAGAUCUUAAAUUGGUUUUAGAUCAACAUGAUGCAUACAUUUUAAAACUGCAUCUUCAUAAAGGGAUUUAUGACUAAAACUGCUUGUUUUUCUACAGACUUGUCUGGUGUUCUCAGCUUGAAGAAGAUCUACAGUCAUUAUUGAUCCCUUUUCUUGGCGUUACCUUUUUGAAGUGAAGUUUACCUAGCUUUCUAGUGUGAGCUUUCUUUUCAGACAUCUCUAACGUUUGAUCCAUAAUAGACAAUCUAUAGUUCAGCAAUGUCCAAGUCGUUCCACCAGUCAUCUCUAAGUAGGGAUUCCCAAGGUCAUGGACGUGACCUAUCUGCAGGAAUAGGCCUUCUUGCUGCUGCUACUCAGUCUUUAAGUGUGCCAGCAUCUCUUGGAAGGAUGAACCAGGGUACUGCACGCCUUGCUAGCUUAAUGAAUCUUGGAAUGAGUUCUUCAUUGAAUCAACAAGGAUCUCAUAGUGCACUGUCUUCUGCUAGUGCAUCUUCCCAUGCCUUACAGUCUAUAUUUAACAUUGGAAGUAGAGGCCCACUCUCUCUGUCUUCUCAGCACCGCGGAGAUGCAGAGCAGGCCACUAACAUUUUGGCCAGCUUUGGUCUGUCUGCUAGAGACUUAGAUGAACUGAGUCGUUACCCUGAGGACAAGAUCACUCCUGAAAACUUGCCUCAAAUACUUCUGCAACUUAAAAGGAGGAGAGCUGAAGAAGGCCCUUCACUGAGUUAUGGUAGAGAUGGCAGAUCAGCUGCACGGGAUCCACCAUACAGAGUUCCUAGGGAUGAUUGGGAAGAGAAAAGGCAUUUUAGAAGAGAUAGCUUUGAUGAUCGUGGUUCUAGUCUCAACCGAGUGGUUGACUAUGAUCAUGGAAGUCGUUCUCAAGAAUCUGUUUAUGACAGAAUGGAUUAUGAAGAUGACAGAUUAAGAGAUGGAGAAAGGUAUAGGGAUGACUCUUAUUAUGGCGAAACCUCGCAUAAGUAUCGUAAAUUUGACAGUGAGUAUGAGAGGCUGGGUCGUGGCCCUGAGAGAUCUCUCUUUGAGAAAAAGAGAGGUGCUCCUCCAGAUAGCAAUGUUGAAGACUUCCAUGGAUUCUUACCGAAGGUCUAUCCCCAUCUGUGCUCUAUCUGUGAUUUGCCUGUUCAUUCCAAUAAGGAGUGGAACCAGCAUAUCAAUGGAGCAACACACAGUCGACGCUGUCAACUUCUCCUGGAAAUAUAUCCUGAAUGGAACCCUGAAAGUGAUUCUGGACAUGGAAUGGGUGAUCCGUUUAUGUUGCAGUCAACAAAUCCUGCCCCGGGAAUUCUGGGGCCGCCACCGCCACCAUUUCAUCUGGGAGGGCCACCAGCUGGGUCAAGAGGGCCUGGAAAUGGAAGUAUGCAAGGACCAAGGCACCUGCAGAAAGGCAGAGUGGAAACAAGCAGAGUUGUGCACAUCAUGGAUUUUCAGAGAGGGAAAAACCUGAGAUAUCAGCUACUGCAACUUGUUGAACCAUUUGGAAUAAUUACAAAUCACCUAAUCUUGAACAAAAUUAAUGAAGCAUUCAUUGAAAUGUCUAAUACUGAAGAUGCACAAGCAGCAGUGGAGUAUUAUUCAGCAGCCCCAGCCUUAGUGUUCGGCAAACCCGUGAGAGUCCAUUUAUCGCAGAAAUAUAAAAGAAUAAAGAAACCAGAAGCGAAGCCUAACCAAAAAUUUGAGCCUCCAAAACAAGAACUUGGCCGUGUGAUCCAUCUCAGCAAUCUGCCACAUUCAGGAUAUUCUGACAAUGCUGUACUUAAACUAGCUGAGCCCUAUGGAAAAAUAAAGAAUUACAUACUGAUGAGAAUGAAGAGUCAGGCUUUCAUAGAAAUGGAGACCAGAGAAGAUGCUGAAGCAAUGAUGGAGCACUGUUCCAACAAAGCUCUUUGGUUCCAGGGAAGAUGUGUGAAAGUAGAUUUGUCUGAAAAAUACAAGAAACUAGUACUAAGGAUUCCCAACAAAGGAGUAGAUCUGUUGAAGAAAGAUAAAGCAAGAAAAAGAGGUCUUUCUCCCGAUAGUAAAGACUCUGGAAGUGAGAAAAAAUGUAAGACCGAAGAUAAUGACAAAAUGGAAAGCAAUAGCACUGAAGAUAAAGAAGAGAAGAAAGAUGAGGCAGAUACAAAGGACAAUGAUCAAGCAGACCAGGAGGAACCAAGUUUACUCCUUGAAUCUGAAGAUGAACUAUUAGUGGAUGAUGAGGAAGCAGCAGCAUUACUAGAGAGUGGAAGCUCAGCAGCAGAUGAUACAGAUGUAGCUAACUUGGGUGAUGUGGCUUCUGAACAAAAGGAGGGAGCUGGUGAUGAUGCUACUGCAAAACCUGAAGAAAAUGCUACAUCAACGGCAAAAAAACUCAAAAAGCGACAUGUAGGUGGAUUUCCAAGGAGCAUGGAAGGCUUUGUGACUUUAGAUGAAGUUGGUGAUGAAGAAUCUGCUGCAAAAACUGAUGGCAGCAUAACAGAAACUCAGACUGUAAACACAGAAGAAGGGCAGCAAGAAAAUGAGGCACUGGAAAAUGGUACUGAAAAUGAGAAUUUGAAGUCAGACCCAUCCAAGGUGACAGAUAGCACAGUGUCAGAAGAACAAGAUAAAAAAGAAAACACAGAAGAAAGUAAGACUGUCAGUGAAGCACAGGGCACUCCAGAUGAAAAUAGGAUUGGGCCAUAUCAGCCAAGUGUUCCUGUUGGUGUGAGCUAUGUGGUGCCCCGAACUGGAUUCUACUGCAAGUUGUGUUCCUUGUUCUACACCAAUGAAGAUGCUGCAAAAAAAGUCCACUGUAGCAGCCUUGCACAUUAUCAAAAGUUGAAGAAACACAUGGAGAAGGCUGAAGAUAAGAAACAGAAAAAAGAGACUUAAAUGCAAAAAAAAGAGGUUUGCCAAUUUAAGGAAAAAUGGUUUUAUUUUCACAUUUAAUCUCAAUACAGUAAAAUUGGGGAAACGCUAUACUACUUAGAUUUUAGUGGAAUAAAAUAGAAGUAUAAUUAUGUUAGUGUGUUUAAUGUUACAGCAAAAUCGGCAUUGUCAAAACGAUCUUUUUUAAAAAAAUGAGAAUGACAAUACAGCUUUUUGUGCUGAUUGAUGCUUGAAGCUAACAAGGGAAUGUGCAGCAUUCUGAAGAGUUAAGAAAGGAUUUCAUCAGCGUUAAUAUUUUCAGGCUUCAAAGAACAUCCCUUUAAACGUUGGUUCUGUUCAGUUCAAUAUAAGCAGUUAGUUUUUUCCCUCCUCUGGAACAUUCCAGUCUAUGUCCAUCUGACUUUCAUGAUUUCAUUUCACUUUUGAGGAUCUUUACUAAUUUUUGUGACUUUAAAAAAAAAAAGUGGAAAUGCUUUAUUUUAGUCUCAGUGUGUUUGGUAGCGAAUAGAAAAACUGAUAGUCAGCUUUAAAAAU